AUCAGGUAGAACUAAAAAUGUAUAUACAAUUUAACAAAUGAAGAAAUUUACCGAUAACAUUUCAGUGUUAUAUAGGUAUAAAUAGAACUGCAUUAUAGUACAAUAGAACUGUUAAUAGUAAAUGAUGUAAUUACAGUCUCAACAAUGCUUGAUUUGGAUUUGUAAGAAGCUGAUUUUAUUCAAAGUGUUUUUGGUAUCAUAUUAUGGAUGACGAGCUUGAAGAUAGGAUUUUGUAUCAGACAUACGUGUCACACAUGAAGCUGGUGUCAAAAUUUGCAGUGGGUAUUCCCACUGGAUUAAAUGCUGGGAUAAAUACCCCUUUGGGUUAUUUUUGGAGAAUCAUAAGAGCCUAUGCCCUGAAGCCAGAAGUGUUAAUUUGCGGUGUGGUUUUGGCAGUGGUUCUAUUUUAUAUACAAGCUGUUGAUCUAUGGAGUCGCUCUUUAUUAGGAAAAAUUCAAUAUACGCUUGGUCGUACCACAUCAAAGGUAUCAAAACUACAGUUCUUGGUUAAUGACUCUGUAAAUAAUGGAGUAAAACUUAGCUGGGAGCUAAAACAGGGUUAUAUUGCUGCAUAUGCUGUUCAAGGUCAUAGAGCACGUAUGGAAGAUCGUUUUGUUGUAAAUGAAGAUAUGAAUAACACGGGUGUAUCAUUAUUUGCUGUAUUCGAUGGGCAUGGUGGAGAAUUUGCAGCAAAUUAUGCACGUGACAAGCUUAUUCCAAACAUUAAUCGUAAAGUAAUCGAAUUAAAAGACCUAAUAGCUGGUAAAGCACCGCGUGUACCGGAAGACACGGAUAAGAUUGAAGAACCAGAACAGAAAGAAGAAAAAAACGAUACAGGAAUUCCGGAACGCAAAAAAUCUUUUCGGAAAACUGUAAGCACUUCGUUGACAGAUGAUUGCAUGAAGAAAAAUGUUGGGGUAACUGAUCCAGAAUUACUUGACAAAUUAGAUAGUUUGUCAAGACCAAUUACGAGAGAGGUAAGACCAUGUAGGACAACAGAAAAACCAACAAAAGUAGAUAUUACAAAUUAUCUUGAUGGAAAUAAAAUAAAUUACGGUAGAUUACUAACAGAUGAAGUGUUGGCAGUUGAUAGAUUAUUAGUUGAAGCUGCUAAGAAAAAUAUGGAUGUAGCUGGUACAACUGCGUUAAUCGCUUUAUUAGAAGACAAUAAAUUAAUUGUAGCAAAUGUUGGAGAUUCGAGAGGUGUUAUGUGCGAUGGAAAAGGCAAUGCAAUACCUUUGUCUUUUGAUCAUAAACCUCAGCAGGAAAGAGAAAGGAAACGAAUAAAUAAGGCUGGUGGUUUGGUAACAUUUAAUGGUGUAUGGAGGGUUGCUGGUAUAUUAGCCACUUCUCGAGCUUUAGGAGAUUACCCAUUAAAAGACAAGAAAUUCGUAAUUGCUGAUCCAGAUAUUUUAACUUUUGAUCUUAGCGAUCAUAAUCCGAUGUUUAUUGUUCUGGCAUCAGAUGGUUUAUGGGAUACUUUUACAAACGAAGAAGCAGUAGCAUUCAUUAAAGAACGUAUAAACGAACCACACUUUGGAGCAAAAAGUAUUACAUUGCAAAGUUACUACAGGGGUUCUGCUGACAAUAUUACUGUAGUUGUAAUUAAUUUAAAAGAUCGUAAAUACAGUAUAUCAGAGACCAAAAAGAAUCAAUAAUGUUUUAAGUGUACAGCGAAUUUCUACAGUCUUUUCCAAAGGUAUUCUAGUCAUUGAUUGUACAUUAACGGCUAAAGUAUAAACCUGGAAAGAUAUAAAUGUGCUCUUGUUGAAUGUACAAAUAGAUGUUUCAAUCAUUCAACUAUUUUCUGUUAGAAAAAAGUAUAUUGUUAUCUUAUA